AUCUUAUUAACUGUUUCUGCUACAAUGAUAAAACAAGGCAGUUUUUCAUAUUUUAAUGAUAACACUGAUACCAAGAGCCUUUAUAAUGUUCGAAACAUCAGAGUGCGUAUUGAGAGAAUGACUAGUGAAGUUGCAAGAAUAUAUUUUGUAAAUGAUGCUGGUAAUCUAAUUAAUAACAUUCCACCUGUUAUGAGUUGCAGUAUAAUGGCCAUAGGGUUUAUCGGUUGGAUAAUCAAAGACAACAAGCAAUAA